GACGUCACAGUAACUAGCCGUUAUCUAGCCAUGACGUCACAAUACCAGAGAAGCAGCUCACAGACCAGUACCUCCACAGUAGAAGACAUCAGCUACACUUCCACAGCGAACCAGUUAACUGGGUACCUGUACAGUGAGGUGGAGGGAUUCUGUAACAACCUCGUCACAGACCAAACCACAGACCAAACCACAGAGCAAACCACAGAGCAGACAUCAGAGCAGACAUCAGAUGUCGGCAAAUGGAAGUACGGGGGCAUUAAGAAAGGUGUGACUGUGUACAAGACAGCCAGUGACUUCCAAUCAAACACACCCUGUAUGUUGGGCAGAAUACAGAUAGACUGUCAGCCUUCUUAUCUGGAUGCUUAUCUCACCAACCCACAAACUAGGUUCUACUAUGAUAACUCUCUCAAGGAAACGAAACUGCUCCAGACUGUGAACCAAUACAUAAAGAUUUAUUAUACGGUGUUUCAAACAAAAAAGUGUCUUGUCAACUACAAUGUUUGUAUUUGCAACGUAGCAGCGCACAGAAAAGAGGGGGAUACGUUUAUAACAGGUUACUGUUCAGUUCCUACCCACAAAAACAUGAUAGUAGAGACAGGGGUUCCCACCAUCUGGGUACACUACAGUGGGUUUGUCAUAAAACCAGGAUUUGACAAAGAGGGGAAACCUUGUUCUGACGUUUUCUACAUAUUUCAGUUUGAUUACAAAGGAGACCUGCCAAUGUUUGUGGUAAACUUCGCGUUGGAGAGGCAAAUGACACAGCUAGGUAACAUCAAGAUGGUCCUGGAGAAAUGUCUACUCUCCCCUGGGUUCAGUGAUUCUGGGAUAUCCUUUUGA